AUGUUAUGUCGGAAAAUUCAUGGACGUCAAUUCAAAGAUAGACAAGAGAUCACCUUAAAUGAAGAAGGACAACCAAUUGGGCCAGAUGAAAAGACAGUGUCUGAACUCAAUAGUUUUUUGGGGACACUAGGAAGAAGUUCAGAUUUAUGUCCUCUCGCUUUCACUAGUUGGAUUGAUUUGGUUAAGCAUUGGGAGGAACACAAUUUGGAUCCCGUGUGGGAUUAUGUCAAUAAAAAAUACAAUAUCCCAAAGGAAGGAAAUGCUCGCUUAAAAGGAAGCAUUUUAGCAAGUGUAAAACCUUGUGCGAGCAGCUAA